AUGGCUUCCCCUUCAAAUCAGAAUGUUGGUUCAUCUUCUCAGCAACAACAUCAACAAGAACAAGAUCAAGAGCAACAACUUGUUCCCCAGAUAACCUGUUCGAUUCCUUUGGAUCAGUUGGAGGUUAUUUGCGAAUUAAUGGUAGAUUUUGACAAUCUGGAGAAACAUGAUGUUCAUCUUACAGAGAAUAUGGUGUUUCAAGGUUGGGGACCUUUGUUCUAUGAUCUGUGUGGUCCAGUUUAUCCUGACCUAUUGAAAGAAUUCUGGGUGCAUGCAAUUGUUAUGCCUAAAGCAAUUCUCUCCAUUGUUCAUGGUGAAUUCUUCUCAAUCACUGAACCCCUCAUAAGGAAGUUAUUUGGGUUGAUGAAUGUUGAAGGCGUUACUGAAGCAACUCCUAGAACUGAUUGGGAUGCUGUGUAUGGUGAGAUCUUUCAGAAUGGACAAAAGUCAAAAUAA